AUGAAACUUUCUUCUGCUACUCUUUUGCUAGUAUCUGCACUAGCUGUCCAGGCCUCUGACCCAACUCCAGAACAAACUGCUGAAUUAGUUGUUUUGUUGAAUGAUGUCAACAAUAACUUCAGUUCUUAUACCUCCUGGUUUUUGUCUUCUGGUAGAUCUAUUCCAAAUGGUAUCAUCAAUGCUUAUUUUGCAGUUCAUAACGCCAAAUCCGGUGACCUUUCUUACACAACCAUGUUCACAGCUCUAGAUAUGGAUGCACUAUUAGAUAUGGCUACCGCUGUUCCAUGGUAUUCAUCAUAUUUAUCUGCAGAAAUUGCUUCAGCUAUUUCUAGUGUUGAUGCCAGUCUGUAUCCACCAACUACAUCCACUACAUCCUCUACCACUUCAUCAGUUGCUCCAUCAACCUCUUCUACCUCAUCAGUUGUUCCAUCAACCUCUUCUACCUCAUCAGUUGCUCCAUCUACUUCCUCCACUUCAUCAGUUGCUCCAUCAACCUCUUCUACCUCAUCAGUUGCUCCAUCUACUUCCUCCAUUUCUUCGGUCCUACCAUCAUCUACCGUUUCCAGCAUUGCCCCACAAAGUGUCUCUGCCGAUUCUUCACAAGUCGCAACCUCUAGCUCUGCACAAGUUGUAUCUUCAACCUCUGUUCAAGAAAGUAGCAGCACUGUUACAAGUUUGUCAUCAUCUGAUAUUCUUCCUGCCUCAUCUAGUCAAGGUGCAUCUGCUAUCGAAGGUGAAUCUAUUUCUGUUACCGAAUCAGUCACCUCUUCUGAUAUUAGUGCAGUUUCUUCUACCGAUUUAACUAGCUCCACAAUCUCUCCAAUCACAUCUGCUACUAACACUGCCACAUCUGAAUCUUCUGUUGCUUCUUCUUCCAAUGCUAACGUUGCCAGUACAGAAUCUUCAAGCAACGCCGCUGUUUCCUCAACUUCUGCACCAGUCACUUCCAACAAUCUAAUCACCGCCCAUUCCACCGCCGUUACUAACAGAACCAUUGUUGUUGAAACUAAUUCCGUUAUUGCUACCAAAAUUGCCACCAUUACUUCUUGUUCAAAUGGAGGCUGUACUAAGCUAACCGUUACUAAUACCAUAAUGGAAACCGAAACCGACACCCUUACAACUUGUACUAAAACCGACAAGGCUAAGAAGACUGUUACUGACAGUGAGACUGAAACUAAUACUGUCACUACCUGUACUAAUACCGAAGAAACAAUGAACGCUGCUGGUCCAGUUACACUCACAUCCCUGACUACCACCGUUGCAACCGUUUGUGAUGAAAAGUGUCAUUCAGCUAAAUCUGUUGCAUCUGCUGCUGUUGCUGCCCAAGUAGACAAACUAACCACUACUACAGUUACAGCAUGUGAUGAAGCUUGUCAUGCAUCCAGAUCUUCUGCUGCUUCUGUCGCCUCUGUCAACACCCAAGGUCAAGGUAAGCAACUAACUACUACCACUGUUACCACUUGUGAUGCAGCUUGUCAUGCAUCCAGAUCAUCUGCUGCUUCUGUUGCCUCAGCUAAUGAACAAGUUAAAGCUACCAAUGGCCCAGACUCUUCUAUAAAGGUUACUUCAGUAAAUACUAAGUAUACAUCAACCCCAGCCGUUGCCCAAGUUACUCAAAACAGUAAUACUGUUUCUUCUCACGUUGUUUCCAUUCAAACUGCAAAUGGUGCUCUACAAAAAACUACAGGUCUAAGUGCCAUUAUCCUAGGUGCGGCUAUCCUACUUUUAUAA